CUUUUACCUUGUCUUUUCAAGUAUUGGUCGCAUUCUUGUCACGACACAUUUAAUACGUUACAGUAAAAAAUAUGUUAUUCGCGAGAAGGUUUCGUUUAUAUAAUUGAUUUUCCUCACAGCAACUGUGCGACGAGGAAAUUGUCUUUAUCUGCCUCAGUCCUUCGACGCCUCAGUGUUGUCUUGACAAUACAAAAUAGGUCUUGCGUGACACCAGUGCCGAGUUAUUAUUUUAAAAUUUAUCCGAAUAAAUAAAUUGACUGUUUCUUGAUUAGGUAUUAACAAAUUUAAGGGUGCCCGGAAUUGAAAUUAUCGUAGCUCCGUAAUGUUCGAAUCAAUUACGGAAAAAAUGCUUUCACGUAUUUUGGUCUUUACCUUUUGUGCCGGUAUUGCCUCGGCCUAUAUAAGCCCAAGGACCUCAACAGCGGAUAUUUGCAGCCCGUUAGUAAUCGCCCACCGUGGUGCUAGUGGAUAUGUGCCCGAGCACACCAUCGGUGCAUACUCACUGGCAGUCAGCAUGGGUGCAGACUAUAUCGAACCUGACGUCGUGAUGACCAGUGAUGGACACAUCAUAGCAAGGCAUGACAACGAGCUUGGACUAACCACAGAUGUCGCCAAUCGACCGGAGUACGCGUCUCGAUAUCGUACUCAAUCAGUAGACGGCACCCAAGUCAGCGGAUGGUUCACAGAAGACUUCACGUUAGCAGAAAUUAAAACUUUGCGAGCUAUAGAGCGCAUACCCAACAUACGACCCGGAAAUGCCAGAAUGGACGGAAGUUUUGAAGUUCCAACGAUGCAAGAAAUUAUAGACCUGGCUAAAAGUAUGCAGGGUAUUUACUGCCGAGAAGUAGGUAUUUAUCCAGAAAUUAAGCACGGAACUCAUUUCCAACGCCUGGGACUGGCAAUGGAACAACCUUUAGUAGAUAUAUUGCAUAGCAAUGGUUACAAAACACAAGAAGAUCCCAUUUACAUACAGUCGUUUGAAGUAAACAAUUUAAAGGAACUAAAGAAUAUAACGGACCUUCGUCUACUGCAAUUAUACGGAGAUUUGUCUAGCCAACCAUUUGACCAGGCGGAAUCAGGGACUGGAUUGACUUACGGUAACAUGGCCACUGCAGAGGGAUUGAGAGAAGUUGCUACGUAUGCCUACGCCGUGGGCCCGGAUAAGUCAUACAUUAUCCCUCGUACGGCCGCCGGAAAUCUUGGAACGGUUACAAACUUUGUGAGUAAUGCCCAUGCCGCCGGAUUAAAGGUGCAUCCAUAUACAUUCCGCGCAGAGAAUUCAUAUCUUCCCUUAGAGUUUAGAAGUAAAGAUACGUCUCCUGAUGCGAUCGGUGACUAUGAAGGAGAAAUAAGAGCAUACCUAGCAGCUGGUAUAGACGGGCUCUUCGCCGACCAGCCUGACCACCCCGCUCAGAUAAGAGACACUUGUGUAAUUGUUAACCCUGAGUGCCAAUUUAGAACAUCAUCUGCUACGCUUACCAGAUCCAUAGUGUGGUGCCAUGUGUUAAUUAUGAUUAGUUUCGCUGUUUUAUUUUCUAACAUAAUAAGCUAAGUUAGGCUACCGUCGUCAAUUAGGUAUGUACCUAGGUUAUUAAUUUCUUAUACCUAUCUAAGUUUAAAAAAAUAAAUAAAGUAUUGUAAAUUAUUGAGUCAUAAAUUAGCCCACUCAUUUUAAGAAAAAUCGAUUGUUACAUAUGCAAGAAAAUUGAGACCUUGUUCUUCAUUAUUACACUUCGUAGCAACAUUUUGUAUUCGUCAAUGGCGUCAGUACUGAUGCUUAAACACAAUUAUGUACUUUGUAUAAUUAGAUUAUCUUAUCGCAAGACAUGUUUUGUUGUUCCUGUUUCUACUUUUUACAACAAAGUAGUUACAAUUUUA